AAGAAAUGUGCAAGUUAUGAGAGCAAUUAUUCGUAAGCCUCUGGAAUUUUUCUCCCGUUCUCCCUGUCAUCUGACUUAAUUACCCGAGGUAUUAGGGUCGAGGCCCUCCAUCCGGGAGCUCUUGCGUACCAGCCCUAGCUUCAUCAUCAACAUCAACAUCAACAUCUAUGAUAAAAGUGGCAGCCUCUGGAAAUCUUGGCCAUAAAAAGCAUACUUCAGGAGUUCAGCUUGAGCAAAUCAGUAUCACUCUUCAAAUGAUGAUCGCCUCGCGUGAAUAUAUGCAGAGACUCAAGCAGUCCAACUAGGCAAAUGAGGUUCUUAAUUAAUUUUUGUGAUAUAAACGUGCGUGGCCUAAAUUUGUUUAAGGAGAAGAUAGAGGGGAAAGGCCAGAGAAAGAAAGAGAGAGCGAGAGAUAUGGUGAGAGAGGCAGGCAUGGCCUCGGUAGGGGCAGGGGGGGUUAGGUGGUGAAGGGGGAAGACAGAGAGCACAAUGUUAAAGGUCAGAGACAGAGAGAGAGAGUCCAAAAAGGAGAGAUGCUGAGCGUCCUGCGAGGAAGGAAGUACAGAGAAUAGGAAAUUUGAUGAAGGGUCACAUCAACACAACAUUACACCCCCUCCUGGCCCUGCAACACUGCUCUUUUUUUCAAGUAACAAAUAACUAAAUAAUAAUCAGCAUGGCCUUCGUUUAUGCGAACCCAAAAUCUCGCUCCCCCUUCAUCUCCUAGACUCGCUCUCUCUUUCUGCCCGUCUCCUUAGCCUCUGCAGCUGGGGGUCACCCAUGUCAUCGCCAUCAUCAUCUUUCCGUGCUUUCCCCACUCCCCUUGCCUUUUCCGGCGAAUAAUAUGCGUGCCAGAAGAGCGCCCUCUCCUUCCUGACCAUACUGCCUCUUAUAUAGUGCCCAACAAAUCUUCCGUUUCCCUUAGCUCCCUCCUUAUCAAAACAACCAGAAAUAGCAGCUUCAGCAAUCCAACCCCACGCCCCGGGCGGUUGGGAUCCGUGAUCUUUUUUGUAUUAUAAGUGUUAGUCCAAUUUUAGAGAAGCUUGAAUCCCAGAAAGUUGACUCAAGAAAAUCAAGGCCGACCAUUCAAGAAUAGAAAUAAAAAAAGGGGAUGGCAUCGUCAUCGAAUUCACCGUGUGCGGCUUGUAAGUUUCUGCGGCGAAAGUGCCAACCGGAGUGCGUGUUUGCACCCUACUUCCCGCCGGAUCAGCCCCAGAAAUUCGCUAAUGUGCACAAAGUAUUCGGAGCAAGUAAUGUUACCAAGCUCCUUAACGAGUUACACCCCCACCAGCGUGAAGACGCCGUCAAUUCUCUGGCCUACGAGGCCGACAUGCGCCUCCGCGACCCCGUGUACGGCUGCGUGGGAGUGAUCUCUCUCUUGCAACACCAACUCCGGCAGCUGCAAAUGGACCUCACCUGCGCCAAGUCGGAGCUGUCCAGGUACCAGACCUUGGGCAUCACUGGGCACAGCCUCAUUGCGGCCCACCAUCAGGCUCAGAACAUGGGCAUGAACUUGAUCGGCGACCACCACUACCACCACCACCAGUUCUUUCCUCGGGACCACCAUCAGACCCCCAUGAUUAGGACCUUUGACGCGGCUAACGGCUAUGACGCUGGUCUCUUGUCCAUGAACGUCUCCGCAAGUAUAGGGCAGCUUAAUCAGUUUCAGCACCAGCACCCUAGAGCUGCUACUGGGGACGAUCGUCGGACCAUUGAUCCCUCUUAGGGUUUCUGGGUCGUUCUUGCGAAUCUACUUCACGUAACAUAUGCCAUAGGUGGGAAGGAUUCAAUAUGGGAAAGAGAGAACCUGACAUCUAAAUUUCUAAUAUAAAUGUUCCUUUUGCAUAGACAAUUUUGUUAUAUCUAUAAAUUGAUUGAUGGAUGUUGCUGUGCUUCUAGUUUUAAUUUUGUCCAUGUGAAAUAGAUUAAUGGACGCAGAUCU